ACAAUAUCUGAAUUGCUGUUGUUUGAUUUGUGUUCACAUCCAAUCAUGUCGUCACAAAAAAUAGCUCUAGUUCUGUUGGCGUUGGCCGGCUCGAUCGGCAUAACAAUGCUCAUUUUGGCAUGUGCCCUUCCUGACUUUAACAAUUGGUGGCCUUUGAUUGUAGUAUUAUUUUAUAUGUUUUCGGUGAUUCCGACAUUUAUGUCGCGACGCUAUAUACAAAACACCUAUACAAGUGGUACCAAUUCCUGCCAAGAAGUUUCCAUUUUCAUUACAAUGGGUUUCGUCAUCAGUGCGUUCGCAUUACCAUUGGUUCUAGCACGCUCAUCAGUUAUCCGAGAUGGGGCUGCUUAUCUGACGCUCGGUGGAAAUCUCAUCAUUUUUGCCACGAUUUUCAUAUUUUUCGUGUUUUCUGAGGCAGACGAGGGAACAUAUGGAGGUGGUUUCUAAUCUGAUGGCACCUUGUUAACUUGUUACACACAAUUUAUUGCUACGAAAUUUUUUUAUUCAAUACAAUUUUUUUUGUCUGGUAGAUUUUACAUAUUUGAAGUUAAGCUCGAAAAAUUGUCAACUAAUAUACAAACACACAAUUUGAAUCAAAUACAAAAGCUAAACAAAAAAAACACAAUCAGUACACAAACAAUGAUCAUAUAUUUUUACUGCAUAAACAUUUAGAGAUUCUAUUUUUAGUCGAAUAAACGGGAGAGAAAAAAACAA